AUGUUCCGCUUUUUUUGCUUCGUCAGGACUAGCGGAAGACCAGAAAUGCAAUGCAACCUAAAAAAGACCCCAAAGGAAAAGGAGAACUUUGAGAUACAUUUGACAUGAAAAAAGACUGCUGUGUUCUGACUUCACAGAUAACCCCUCUUCCUCAACCCUCCUCUACCGUUAUCCUUGCAGUAGGGCUGUGGCGGUCACAACAUUUUGUCAGCUGGUGAUUGUCAAGUAAAUAACUGCAGGUCUCACAGUAAUUGACCGUUAAUUAACAUAAACACAUGUAGCAUCUCCUUGCUUCCACACAUAGCCUACAAGCCACUGAUGCAGACCAUUGCAACAUCUACAUUAAACAAAUAUAAUAAAUCCAUGUAAUAUAGCUUAUACCAUCACAAUAAAUCCAUUAUUUAUUUUAGACAGGGCUAAAGAAACAUCAUAUUUCAGAAGAACAGAAUAGCAUACUCUGAGUUGUCCUGAUCUGGCUAUGCCAUAUGGCUGUGGGGUGCACUAGUUCAUUUAGCAGACAAGAUUUGCUUUGAAUUCCGUGGCAUUAUUUUAUAUUAUUUUAUAGUAUGAAGAAUACAAUUGAACAAAGCUGAAUAAAAUAGAAAGGAUAUUUUCUCCAAACGAUUUGAGGGAGUGUUGAGCAGUUAACAAAUAAAUAGGUACUGCUAUAUGCUUCAUUUAGAGUUAUCAAUGUAACUUUAGUUGUUCUACAAACGUUGGGCUAUAUGUUUUGAUUUUUAAUACAUUGUAAGGCUGCAUGAUGCGACGCCAAUGAUGAUUUGAAAAAAAUUGCUUGAAAGGCAUGAGCUCUGCUUUGUUUUUUUUGCCCAGUCUGUACACACUUCAUCAGUCUCUCAUUCACAAUUUGACAAGCACUUGAUAAGGCCUCGCAUUUCCCGGCGGCAUCCCUUUUGUGUGGCCGUAAUGCCCCCUAAAAAAAUCCAUGCCAUUUGCGGCCAGUGGCCGUUGUGCCCUUCUCCCUGAGUGCUGCAUGCUCCGAAGCACCUCUCACUCACAUGGCUCUCCAUCACAUGAUCGGGUCUUUCUCACAGGCUACAAGUGAAGACAGACACAUCGGGAACGCAACUGCACGCGUCCUUAUCCAGUUCCGAUGUGCAUAUUGAAGAUAUUGGAAGAACUGUCCACAUUUACUUUUCGUCAGCCAACAAGAUGAGUAGGCCUAACGAACAGCAAUAGCUAUCCCCCAUUGUACAAAAUUUGACCUAUUCUGUGCGAGAAAUAAAUAUUACAUAGUCUGGGACAGUUGUGGGAUGCGAUAGAUCCCAAAUUAAUACAACCUCUAGCAUCCCCAAUAUAUUAUUUACGCAAUGAGGCUGACGCAACAGAUCAGAACGUUUAGCUUAAAAUGUUGAUAAACUAUUAGGCUAUUUCUUCACAUUAAAAGCGCAACAAUGCGCACAAGGGAGUAGUCUAUAAAGUGGGGAAAAAAAGUAUUUAGUCAGCCACCAAUUGUGCAAGUUCUCCCACUUAAAAAGAUGAGAGAGGCCUGUAAUUUUCAUCACAGGUACACGUCAACUAUGACAGACAAAUUGGGGAAAAAAAUCCAGAAAAUCACAUUGUAGGAUUUUUUAUGAAUUUAUUUGCAAAUUUGGUGGAAAAUAAGUAUUUGGUCACCUACAAACAAGCAAGAUUUCUGGCUCUCACAGACCUGUAACUUCUUCUUUAAGAGGCUACUCUGUCCUCCACUCGUUACCUGUAUUAAUGGCACCUGUUUGAACUUGUUAUCAGUAUAAAAGACACCUGUCCACAACCUCAAACAGUCACACUCCAAACUCCACUAUGGCCAAGACCAAAGAGCUGUCAAAGGACACCAGAAACAAAAUUGUAGACCUGCACCAGGCUGGGAAGACUGAAUCUGCAAUAGGUAAGCAGCUUGGUUUGAAGAAAUCAACUGUGGGAGCAAUUAUUAGGAAAUGGAAGACAUACAAGACCACUGAUAAUCUCCCUCGAUCUGGGGCUCCACUUAAGAUCUCACCCCGUGGGGUCAAAAUGAUCACAAGAACAGUGAGCAAAAAUCCCAGAACCACACAGGGGGACCUAGUGAAUGACCUGCAGAGAGCUGGGACCAAAGUAACAAAGCCUACCAUCAGUAACACACUACGCCGCCAGGGACUCAAAUCCUGCAGUGCCAGACGUGUCCCCCUGCUUAAGCCAGUACAUGUCCAGGCCCGUCUGAAGUUUGCUAGAGUGCAUUUCGAUGAUCCAGAAGAGGAUUGGGAGAAUGUCAUAUGGUCAGAUGAAACCAAAAUAUAACUUUUUGGUAAAAACUCAACUCGUCGUGUUUGGAGGACAAAGAAUGCUGAGUUGCAUCCAAAGAACACCAUACCUACUGUGAAGCAUGGGGGUGGAAACAUCAUGCUUUGGGGCUGUUUUUCUGCAAAGGGACCAGGACGACUGAUCCGUGUAAAGGAAAGAAUGAAUGGGGCCAUGUAUCGUGAGAUUUUGAGUGAAAACUUUCCAUCAGCAAGGGCAUUGAAGAUGAAACGUGGCUGGGACUUUCAGCAUGACAAUGAUCCCAAACACACCGCCCGGGCAACGAAGGAGUGGCUUAGUAAGAAGCAUUUCAAGGUCCUGGAGUGGCCUAGCCAGUCUCCAGAUCUCAACCCCAUAGAAAAUCUUUGGAGGGAGUUGAAAGUCUGUGGUGCCCAGCGACAGCCCCAAAACAUCACUGCUCUAGAGGAGAUCUGCAUGGAGGAAUGGGCCAAAAUACCAGCAACAGUGUGUGAAAACCUUGUGAAGACUUACAGAAAACGUUUGACCUGUGUCAUUGCCAACAAAGGGUAUAUAACAAAGUAUUGAGAAACUUUUGUUAUUGACCAAUUACAUUGUUGACGUGUACCUAUGAUGAAAAUUACAGGCCUCUCUCAUCUUUUUAAGUGGGAGAACUUGCACAAUUGGUGGCUGACUAAAUACUUUCUUCCCCCACUGUAUGUAUGUAUGUAUGUAUGUAUGUAUGUAUGUAUGUAUGUAUGUAUAUGUGUGUGUAUAUACAGUGAGGGAAAAAAGUAUUUGAUCCCCUGCUGAUUUUGUACGUUUUCCCACUGACAAAGACAUGAUCAGUCUAUCAUUUUAAUGGUAGGUUUAUUUGAACAGUGAGAGACAGAAUAACAACAAAAAAAUCCAGAAAAACGCAUGUCAAAAAUGUUAUCAAUUGAUUUGCAUUUUAAUGAGGGAAAUAAGUAUUUGACCCCUCUGCAAAACAUGACUUAGUACUUGGUUGCAAAACCCUUGUUGGCAAUCACAGAGGUCAGACGUUUCUUGUAGUUGGCCACCAGGUUUGCACACAUCUCAGGAGGGAUUUUGUCCCACUCCUCUUUGCAGAUCUUCUCCAAGUCAUUAAGGUUUCGAGGCUGACGUUUGGCAACUCGAACCUUCAGCUCCCUCUAUAGAUUUUCUAUGGGAUUAAGGUCUGGAGACUGGCUAGGCCACUCCAGGACCUUAAUGUGCUUCUUCUUGAGCCACUCCUUUGUUGCCUUGGCCGUGUGUUUUGGGUCAUUGUCAUGCUGGAAUACCCAUCCACGACCCAUUUUCAAUACCCUGGCUGAGGGAAGGAGGUUCUCACCCAAGAUUUGACGGUACAUGGCCCCGUCCAUGGUCCCUUUGAUGCAGUGAAGUUGUCCUGUCCCCUUAGCAGAAAAACACCCCCAAAGCAUAAUGUUUCCACCUCCAUGUUUGACGGUGUGGAUGGUGUUCUUGGGGUCAUAGGCAGCAUUCCUCCUCCUCCAAACAUGGCGAGUUGAGUUGAUGCCAAAGAGCUCGAUUUUGGUCUCAUCUGACCACAACACUUUCAACCAGUUCUCCUCUGAAUCAUUCAGAUGUUCAUUGGCAAACUUCAGUCGGGCCUGUAUAUGUGCUUUCUUGAGCAGGGGGACCUUGUGGGCAAUGCAGUAUUUCAGUCCUUCACGGCGUAGUGUGUUACCAAUUGUUUUCUUGGUGACUAUGGUCCCAGCAGCCUUGAGAUCAUUGACAAGAUCCUCCCGUCUAGUUCUGGGCUGAUUCCUCACCGUUCUCAUGAUCAUUGCAACUCCACGAGGUGAGAUCUUGCAUGGGGCCCCAGGCCGAGGGAGAUUGACAGUUAUUUUGUGUUUCUUCCAUUUGCCAUAAUCGCACCAACUUGCGAAUAAUCGCACCACCUUCUCACCAAGCUGCUUGGCGAUGGUCUUGUAGCCCAUUCCAGCCUUGUGUAGGUCUACAAUCUUGUCCCUGACAUCCUUGGAGAGCUCUUUGGUCUUGUCCAUGGUGGAGAGUUUGGAAUCUGAUUGAUUGAUUGCUUCUGUGGACAGGUGUCUUUUAUACAGGUAACAAACUGAGAUUAGAAGCACUCCCUUUAAGAGUGUGCUCCUAAUCUCAGCUCGUUACCUGUAUAAAAGACACCUGGGAGCCAGAAACCUUUCUAAUUGAGAGGGGGUCAAAUACUUAUUUCCCUCAUUAAAAUGCAAAUCAAUUUAUAACAUUUUCGACAUGCGUUUUUCUGGAUUUUGUUGUUGUUAUUCUGUCUCUCACUGUUCAAAUAAACCUACCAUUAAAAUUAUAGACUGAUAAUUUCUUUGUCAGUGGGCAAACGUACAAAAUCAGCAGGGGAUCAAAUACUUUUUUCCCUCACUAUAUAUAUAUAUAUAUAUAUAUGUAUAUAUAUGUAUGUGUGUGUGUGUGUGUGUGUAUGUACAGUGGGGAGAACAAGUAUUUGAUACACUGCCGAUUUUGCAGGUUUUCCUACUUACAAAGCAUGUAGAGGUCUAUAAUCUUUAUCAUAGGUACACUUCAACUGUGAGAGACGGAAUCUAAAACAAAAAAACAGAAAAUCACAUUGUAUGAUUUUUAAGUAAUUAAUUUGCAUUUUAUUGCAUGACAUAAGUAUUUGAUCACCUACCAACCAGUAAGAAUUCCGUCUCUCACAGACCUGUUAGUUUUUCUUUAAGAAGUCCUCCUGUUCUCCACUCAUUACCUGUAUUAACUGCACCUGUUUGAACUCGUUACCUGUAUAAAAGACACCUGUCCACACACUCAAUCAAACAGACUCCAACCUCUCCACAAUGGCCAAGAUCAGAGAGCUGUGUAAGCAUAUCAGGGAAAAAAUGGUAGACCUGCACAAGGCUGGGAUGGGCUACAGGACCAUAGGCAAGCAGCUUGGUGAGAAGGCAACAACUGUUGGCGCAAUUAUUAGAAAAUGGAAGAAGUUCAAGAUGACGGUCAAUCACCCUCGGUCUGGGGCUCCAUGCAAGAUCUCAUCUCGUGGGGCAUCAAUGAUCAUGAGGAAGGUGAGGGAUCAGCUCAGAACUACACGGCAGGACCUGGUCAAUGACCUGAAGAGAGCUGGGACCACAGUCUCAAAGAAAACCAUUAGUAACACACUACGCCGUCAUGGAUUAAAAUCCUGCAGCGCACGCAAGGUCCCCCUGCUCAAGCCAGCGCAUGUCCAGGCCCGUCUGAAGUUUGCCGAUGAUCCAGAGGAGGAAUGGGAGAAGGUCAUGUGGUCUGAUUAGACAAAAAUAGAGCUUUUUUGUCUAAACUCCACUCGCCGUGUUUGGAGGAAGAAGAAGGAUGAGUACAACCCCAAGAACACCAUCCCAACCGUGAAGCAUGGAGGUGGAAACAUCAUUCUUUGGGGAUGCUUUUCUGCAAAGGGGACAGGACGACUGCACCGUAUUGAGGGGAGGAUGGAUGGGGCCAUGUAUCGCGAGAUCUUGGCCAACAACCUCCUUCCCUCAGUAAGAGCAUUGAAGAUGGGUCGUGGCUGGGUCUUCCAGCAUGACAACGACCCGAAUCACACAGCCAGGGCAACUAAGGAGUGGCUCCGUAAGAAGCAUCUCAAGGUCCUAGAGUGGCCUAGCCAGUCUCCAGACCUGAUCCCAAUAGAACAUCUUUGGAGGGAGCUGAAAGUCUGUAUUGCCCAGCGACAGCCCCGAAACCUGAAGGAUCUGGAGAAGGUCUAUAUGGAGGAGUGGGCCAAAAUCCCUGCUGCAGUGUGUGCAAACCUGGUCAAGACCUACAGGAAACGUAUGAUCUCUGUAAUUGCAAACAAAGGUUUCUGUACCAAAUAUUAAGUUCUGCUUUUCUGAUGUAUCAAAUACUUAUGUCAUGCAAUAAAAUGCAAAUUAAUUACUUAAAAAUCAUAGAAUGUGAUUUUCUGGAUUUUUGUUUUAGAUUCCGUCUCUUACAGUUGAAGUGUACCUAUGAUAAAAAUUACAGACCUCUACAUUCUUUGUAAGUAGUAAAACCUGCAAAAUCGGCAGUGUAUCAAAUACUUGUUCUCCCCACUGUAUAUGCGUAUGUAGGUAUGUAUGUAUGUAUGUAUGUGUGUGUGUGUGUGUGUGUGUGUGUGUGUAUCUAUAUAUAUAUAUAUAUAUAUAUAUAUAUAUAUAUAUAUAUAUAUAUAUAUAUAUAUAUAUAUAUAUAUAUAUAUGCUAAAUAAAUAAAACAUAUGGGGGAUUGGAAGUGAUGCAGACAAUUACAUUGAUGGAAGUUACAAUCUACCUGCAAUAUUAAAGCUGAUCUACCCCCUAUACUUAUUUUUUUUUGUAACAAAAAAUAACAACAACAAAAACGUUUGGUAGGCUACUAAUGACCAUCAGCAGCAUCAGAGCUUGGAGAAGUCUAAUUACCGUGACUAAACGGUCAUGUGGAAUUUGACUGCCUUCAUGACUCGCGACUGCCGGUGUGGCAGUUAUAUGGUCACCAUAACAGCCCUACCCUGCAGUUGCCGUCACCCCCUCUUCCCUCACCCAUACAGAUUUUCACCACUGCAGAUGUACUAUACGCUACACCAGAUUCACAUCAAAGCAAGAUCACAUGACCUUUGACCUGUAGGAAGUGUUUACCAGUGAUCAGCGAGCCAUAGGAUAACAGAGAGAGAGAAGAGGGCACUUCAGUCAAGGAGACUAUACAUACACAGUGCAGGCUCUGUUGUAACGUUAUACUAGAUUGACUACUUUGCUGUCAUACUGCUCAGAAUCACUGAACUACAAAUUACCUUCCGUACCAAAUAACUACUCAUUAUGCGAUAAAGAUUAGCAAUUAUGCGCUUUGCCUUGCUUAAACUGAUCCCUUCAAAUGUGAUGAUAUUGUUCAGGAGAGUCGUUAUUAUUCAGCUAAAGAAUGGCCCCACAUUUGUUGUUGAUCUUCUCUAGGAAUUCAGUUGUUUAGAGGAAUUCCACAUUCCCAGUUCCUUGUAGUAGAAUGUCAUGAUGAUACUUGUACCUGACUUGCCUUUCUUAAUUGCCCCCUGAGGGGAUAAAUAACGUUUUAUUGAAAUGACUCCCAAUCGUCUUCUUUUGCUGGGAUUAUGUUGAAUGUUGAACGCUAUAAUUCCAAAUCUGUCUUCACAACAACUGAUUAACUGAAUGAUUACUGUGUAACAAACUGUCAACACCGACCCACCCACCCACUCACUCACCCACCCACUCACUCACUCAUUGGCUGCAUUCCAAUACCUUUCUCCAGAAGUGUGCACUCGUUCACUCCCCUUGCAUUUAAAAGCAUUGGAUUGGUGCAGGCAUGACUGGAAAAAGUUUCCCUUAUUUCUUACACCAGUCUAUGGGAGAAUCUCACCAUUCCUUUUAAAUCCAUGAGGGGGAGUGUGCAGUACAAAUGCACACUUCGGGACAAGGGUAGAGAAUCGGAUGUAGCCAAUCACUCACUCAAGAGGGGCUGCUAGAGCUUCUCCUAUUCAUUCAUUCAUUCAUUCAUUCAUUCAUUCACUCACUCACUCACUCACUCACUCACUCACUCACUCACUCACUCACUCACUUGGGUUUUAUGUUGUGUUCCAGGUGAAGAGUGAGGGCCCUAAGCUGGUGCCCUUCUUCAAGUCUACCUGUGUCUACUUUGUCCUGUGGCUACCAACCUCUAGCCCUUCUUGGUUCAGCGCCCUCAUCAAGUGUCUACCCAUCUUCUGCCUGUGGCUCUUCAUGCUUGCCCACGGCUUCAGCUUCUUAGGUGCCCACUCCAGUGCCCGCAAGAUCCUGGCCGGACUCAUCUUCUCUAGCCUGGGAGACGCCUUUCUCAUCUGGCAGGAGGAGGGCUACUUUAGCCAUGGUGAGUGAUUCCUGCCUGACUACAUUUCAGACACCUGCCAGAUCUCACAACCCCUGGAUAGGUGUUCAACCUACUAGCUAACCACAUCAUAUGAUAAAGCAAUCUGCAAUUUGGUAAUAUUUGGUUGAGCCAUUGAUCAAUGCGAUUACAACCUAUAUUCACCCACACAAAAAGUUUGUUGAAUUCCCAAUGUGUUAUCACUAUGCUUUCAACCAUCUAAAACAUUACUGGAACUGAUUUGGCCAAGUGCAACUGCGCUCUCUGUUCAGUGCGCUCUCUGCUUAGCAGUGGUGUCUCUGCUCAGUUUGGCAGCUGCGCGAGUGGGAGGGAUAUUCCUGUGUGCUUCGCAGUUUACCAGAUCUUCUUUCUGCAGUUUUAUUGAAGAUCACUCCGCGACCCAUACGCUGCAGCGCUGUCGUUCAGCAGCAGAUGAUGCGCUGUCAGCCACCGACUUGUCAUUCUCACUUUCCAUCACUCACCGCUGUCAUCAAAUGGACUCAAGCUAGCCACAAGUUCUGACUGAGCUCAUACAGCGCAAAUACAGCGAUGAGUUUCUCUCUCUUGGUUUCAUACAAACUUCGAGAAAUAACGAGGAGCGCACACAAUGUGUUUUGUGUGGGGAAAUGCUUAGUUAUGAGUUUCUCAAAACGAACAAAUUAAAAUGACACGUCCUGACCAAACAUCCACAGCAUGAUGGUAAACCCAGGGAGUUAUUUCAGAACACCUGCAAAGUGGUUAUGAACGACAUCAAUUGCCCAAAGUUUAAUUAUUGCCUUAGCAAGUUUAUCCUUACUUAAAUGAUCAUCAGAGGGCACCCGUGCAGUCACUCUACAUUUGUUGAAGUCAGUUCAAUUGAUGCGACCUCCCAUUUGGCAGCAAAGGCUUCUCAAAGGAUAAAUAGCCUUGGCUAUGCUGUCCCUCCAACUCUUUCCUUCCUCACAGAAUAGUUUCAAGAUUUCUUUCUCGCUCUUCUUCUUUCCAAAACCCGAGAUUAUCCCUUGCCUUUCUUUUAAUAUUCUUCUUAUCCUUUGUUCCAUUGUCUCAUCUCCCAUUAAAAUAAGACACUCACUCCCCUGUGCUUUCGAACUAUACUCUUAUUUUCCUUUGUUCCCUUAUCUUAUCCCAAACCUAUGAAAUAACCCUGGAGACUUUUCCUGUCCCUAGGUAUUUUCCCAGUACCCUAUUCGUUCUAGGUCGCUAGACCACACCCUACUUUCCCCGAUCAAUAUCCUUGUUACUCUACUUUUCAAAAACCCUCCCGUUGUACUCACGUACUCUAUUUUCCCCGUAUCUGAACUUUUGUAUCUGUUUUCCAAUGGUUCUCUUUCUAAUCUUCGUCUCUGCAUUUAUUCCCAAACCUUGGCUUUCAACUACUCCUUCUUCUAUCUAGAUUUCUAUUAUUAAUCUCCCUUACAGCUCGAUUCGUACUCGCUAGUCUGUCUCUCUUUUACCCGCGAACUAAAACAUGGCAUUAGUAAAGUCUAUUCCCAAACCACCAAUAACUAAUAGUAUUUUUGCAUUCAUAUUAUUAAAAUACAUUACUCUCCUCUGUCUACCCAUACAAUUCACCGUUGCAAUUCUAACUUCCCUACUAAAUUACUUUCCUUUGUUAUCAAUUCAAAUCCUGGCCCCGGCUCUAUCGAAAUUGCCAGUCCACUAUUCAAUUUCUGUAUCUGUCCUUUCUGAUUACGCAAUAAUUAAUAAAACAAAUACUUGCUUUCGUUGACAAGCAUACAUUCAAUUCACACCCAUGUUCAAUUCAAUAUUCCGAAUCACAACCAUUCUCAGUAGUUUUAAAAUUAUCACCUCAUUCGGCGCCACUAUGGAAUAAGUGAGUCGUUCACUCUGAACCACGCAACCUCCUAAAUCCCAGUCUUCCAAUAUAACCAGAAAACCUAGAUUUUAGUCAGUAAUGCAGGACUAUGCUUUAUUGAAAUGACAAAUAAAUCCUCCUUUAUCCUAAUUAAAAUGGUCUGUAGUUUUAGUAUCUGGCACAUACCACAUUCAUCACAAACUAGCUUUAAAGGACACAGAUCUCACAAGCUCAACGCAAAUAACUUAGCAGUCAACAAGUCAAACCUACGUUCCUUGAUUUGGAAACAGAUCUAACGACUUUACUCAAAUGAAUUAUAUUUUCCCCCUAAUAUACUCAAAUUCCUUGACCAUAUCACCUCUGCUUCUGAAAUGAUAAUUAGCUAUUAUAAUACCUAAUUUUAUCUCUAUCAAAUGAUCUAUGUACUGUCUCCCACCCCCCACGUAUGUCUACGUGCUUGGGCGCGCAAGCCAGCACUCAUAUUAUUUCACUUUUACCCACUCUCUAAUAACCACUUAUCCGCACAUAACAUUCAUCAUAUUUUAAUAUUAUUCAUAUCAACCACCGCAUUCGUAUUUCUAAUGAUUCUUUAUUCCCGCAAGUUAAUUUUACCACCCCCCCCAGGUAUCAUUAUAUAACCAGCUCAUUCUCCACACUUGAAAUUUACUCAUACCUCAUUCACACAACGCUACUUCCCAAACACACAAUCAAUAUUCGUAUAACCUACAGGAAUUUUCUUCUAUAAAAGUACCCAAAUUUGGAAUGUUAACUCUAUCAACAUUUACUUUUAUAUUUUCCAAAUGUAAUGAUCCCCUAUAAGCUUGACCGAAAUUCAAUGUGUUGCCGUCAUAUGAUCACCCCCGUACACGUGACCUGUUCCUCCAACAGGAUUUCUCAUACCCCUCCGGGAAAAGACACCUUUAAUUUUCUUCUCCCAGUAACGUGAAUUUUCCACACUCCGUUAGUAAAUGAAUAUCCACAUACUAUCAAUUCUCCUCUUCCCAAUGCAAGAUUGGGCUUGCCCUUUCUCCACCAGCCUUAGAAGCUUUGUUGUCCGAUCACCCACACAGAUAAGCCGCCACUCGUGCUUAAAUGAAUCACUGAAUGACUCACAGCCGCUCAAGCUAACCAUUCACCCUUACGAGAUGAGCAGAUUAUUUCUCUAUACUUUGAAGCCCUGGUGGCGUCCACAACUGUUCACCUACUAGGGAUGAAAAGCGCGACUUCCAAUUUAUGGUGUCACCUACUCAGGAUGACCUAUGUUUUUACCUGAUUAGCUGUCUAAUUUGUGCAUCCCCUCCUCCAGGAUAAUGCACACCUACCCGAGCAGUCCUCUAACAAUGAACUCCACGUUAGAGCGGUACCGUAGGCCCUCUGUCUUAUGUACAACUCUUGGCUAGCCACCUGCUCGUCCAGCCCCCUGGAGUGCUAACUUAGCUCUCCACAGCGGUACCACAGGAUUUAACUUAUUUACACUUUUCAACAAUCACAUUGCAUGCAUGUUUAUUCUUUAUUCCAAUAAAAACUCUGUUCUUCUGCUAAAUUUGGUCCUUAUAUUCUGGAGAGAACCGUUCCGUACCCUACCCUCAGAUUCAGCUUGAUCGAAACACACAGUUUAAUUAAGAACAUCGCUUACCUUUGUUUAAACAGUGGCCACUGAUUGUGUGAUUCGUCAAAACCUCCCCCGAUGGCAAAGCACUCAAAGAUCUCUUAUAACCAGUCCCGUCUCGGGUGCCAAUUAUGUUGUGGAAAAUAACCACUAUACUAUAUUACAAAUAAGGUCUUACAGAGUUUUUGUUGCAUUAAGAUUACUUUUUUAGAGUUUCAACAAAGCCGAUACCAGUCUGCAGAAUGGCACCCCCCCUUCCGGUCUCCCUCUACCUUAUAUAGUCCUCUUCAGUUUUCCCGCUCUUUUAUUGCUCCGCCCACUUCUUUUGUCUCUGAGAGCGGCUAAACUCGACUUUCAUUAAGUUCAGAGUACUACAUUCAAUCAAUCCUUAUCUUGCAAAAACAUUCAUGUUUGUUCAACGCUGGCUCUUUUCACUGUGUUUGAAGACAGAAACAAAAGGCCCAAGCCAGUUUCAGUCUUUGAUAUGAUAAGACAACCAUGGAUCUAAGUAAGAGCAAGCAAUCUGACCCUAGGUCAGAUUCCCUCUUUACCACCACACACACAGUGAAAUGACCCAAUUACAUUCCUGGCCCAGUAACAAAUAAUUCUAACUCUAUGUUCGUGAUUAACCCAGUUUUAUCUGACAAUCCAUUAAAAAAUACACAUCAAUGGGAAUAAGGUGCAAGGUGAUAAGUAGGUGUUCACGGGUGUGGGUUCAUACUUCCCCUUUCUUCAGGGUAUAGAAUACUACGAAUCUCCAUUUACAAUCGCUGACGACAUAUACGGCUCCACUUUCUUUGUCAGGGCACAAUACUUCAGGAAACAUUGCUUUGACAGUGGAAAAGUAAGUCAGCUAGUAUUGUUGUCAUUUUCUAACAGGUGAUGAUAAGCAGAAAUAAGGGAGUACUAUCGCUCAUAGUAGUAGAUGUGAGUUUCUCUUUCAAACAAUCCCCUUGUACACAGGUGAUAGCUAGCUAACGUUAGCCAAAGCAAGUAAGUUAGCUGCUGUACUUAGUGCAACCCUAAGUAACAGUACAGAUGAAGAUGAAAAAUUAUCAGGCCUACUUUACAUCUUACUGUAGAAAUUGUUGUUGAAAACAAGUCUAGGUUGAAACUGUUGCUGUUAAAAUACAAGUAAUAAUUUUUUUCGGGAAUAAACUGAUUGAAGCAAGAUGCUUUUUUUUGGGGGGGGGGGGAGGGCAAACACACUCACACAGUUCUCGGUUGCUCAUUUACAGCAGGAAGCGGUCCCCUGCCUGAGAAAGCAGUCAAUGUUCUGAUCCAUUUAUUGUAUUUUAACAGCAACAGUUCCAACCUUUUUUUUCAACAACACUUUCUACAGUAAGAUGUACAAUAGGACUGAUAAUUUUUCAUCUGUAUUGUUACUUAGGGUUGCACUAUCACAAACUGAGCUGGUGUGUGUUCUGUUAUAGUUCAGAAUGAAAAUGAUUUAUUUUAUUUUAACAGAAACAGUUACAACCUAGACAGAUAUGUAAGAGUGUUUUUAAUGGGUAAAAAUAAACAUUAAUUGCUAUUUAUAUGGGUAUUUCAUUGUUAUUUGUUUUUGUCUAUAUUGCAUUUGUUUUAGGCAUAAAGGCAAUUAAAUGUACCAAUAUUUACGUAUAGUUGCAUGUUUUCAUAAGCUUGGGUCCCAGGAAAACACAGAAUUUCUCAUUUGGGUCCCAGGCUGAAAAAGUUUAAAGAACCCUUGAUCUGAAAGCACAACCAAAUUCCAAUAGAAAAACUAUGUCAGAUUUUUGUUUAUUUAUACAACUGAAUGUGUUAUCGCUGUGUUUCAUCUAAUAGCACAACCAAAUGACCUGAAUUGCAGUUGGGGUUGCAAUAAAUACUAAUGGUGCAAGUGCUCAAUGCUGCUACUGCUUAAAUAGUUCUAUCUGUGCCACUGGCUUAGUCGUAUUCUUUAACUUUUUGAUUUCUGGUUGAGUUGGAGACGUGAAUCCAACAUAUAUAAUUGGUAAACAAGUUAAUAGGCUAUUUAGUGUAAUAAAAAGUUAUAUUGAAGUGUUUCGUUUUCAGCACAACCAAAAAUCAACAUUUGAAGGAGAUGUAUUGACUGCUUGGAUAGUUCUGUCUGACACUGGCUUAGUCCUAUUCUUUAAGUUAGAUUUUUGGUUGAGAUGGAGAUGUCAACCCAACAUAUCAAUUAUUAAAGGGAUACUUCGGGAUUUUGUCAAUCGUGGAUACCAUUUUUAUGUCUCUGCGUGCAGUUUGAAGGAAGUUGCUAACUAGUGCAUAAUAGCGUUAGCAUAAUGACUCGAAGUCUAUACCCAUAGAAUUCCAGUCAUUGCGCUAAUACUAGUUAGCAUUGGCUUGUGAAACUACCUAUAACGUCCUUCAUACUGGACACAGAGGCAUACAAAUGGUAUCCACAAGUUAAUCUGACCCCAGGGAAGAAGAUAAAGGGCAUCAUGGCCAAAUUCCUGAAGUAUUGCUUUAAAUUAAAAAUUGAAAUCAACCGAAGCCUAUAGGUAUUGUCUAUUUUUAGUUGAAUCCUUGGUUAAAUUGAAACAAUAGCUGUUGAGGAUUUUUUGGAACUGCUAUAUAGGCCUAAGUAACAUCAUUGAUGAAAUAGAAUUACAUUGAUACACAUAUGGUUACAUUUGCUCUGUUAAACCUACCCUUUGGAAUACAAAUAGCAACAGUGAACCUAUUUAGUUUUAAAGUGGAGAUCCCUCAAUAAUGAUUCUUAAGAUGGCACAUUACUCACUGGGCACAUACACCUCAAUGUUUAGUUUGAGUUGCCAACAAAAAAUGUCACCAUGUUAUUGGAUUUAGGUUAAAAGUUGGGUGAAAAAAAAUUGGGAAUUCCCUUACGUUGAUGAGUUUUUGCAAAUCCAAUCAGUAUUCCACGUUGAUUCAACGUUAUCACAUUGAAUUUUUUGCUGUUGAAAUGACGUGGAAACAACGUUGAUUCAACCAGUCAGUGACAAAUCUAAAUGCUAAUCAGGGCUUGGUUAAAACCCUGGAUGGGAGACCAAAAGGAUUACUGUAGAUAAAUCUGUACUGAACAAAAAUAUAAACGCAACAUGUAAAGUGUUGGUCCCAUGUUUCAUGAAAUAAAAGAUCCCAGAAAUGUUCCAUACACACAAAAAGCUUAUUUCUCUAAAAUGUUGGGCACAAAUUUGUUUACAUCCCUGUUAGUGAGAAUUUCUGCUUUGCCAUAUUAAUCCAUCCACCUGACAGGUGUGGCAUAUCAGAAGCUUAUUAACCCCCUAGAGUUGAUUGACGCACCGAUGCGACAAUCUAAGUAACACAAUAAAGAAAUCCCCAUCAAAAUCAGUCAGUUUAAGCUAGAGAUAUGUUUUUUUUUUUGCAUUGAAUGUGUCUCAAUCCAACGCACUUCUGCAUCUGCGGUGAAAGGUUGCAGAGCUAGAGUGGUGUUUGUCAGACCAUGAGACAUCCAGAAAAUCGGCCUUCUCACGAAAACGUCUGUAGCAUCCGAACCGUUUGGCCUACAAACAACUAUGACCACUCUCACGAACACGAUGGUGUUCUCCGUUUUGCUCUAUGACCCCCACAAGUGUCAGGGGACUCGUCUAAAGUUGGUACCGUCGGUGUGCCAACUUGUGUUUUGUAGCAUCUGAACCAUUUGGGUUACAAACUAAUGUGACCCCACUGAGGAAAGGGGAGAUUCUCACGAACACCAAGUGUCACUGGACUCAUCUGAAGGUAGCCGGUACCGGUUUCAAAAAAUGAAUGGAAGUAUGGCGGUAGUUCGGUGCCUACCCCAAAAAAGCUGUUCAAUAUGUGUAAAAAAAAAUAUAUAUAUAUAUACACUGCUCAAAAAAAUAAAGGGAACACUUAAACAACACAUCCUAGAUCUGAAUCAAUUAAAUAAUCUUAUUAAAUACUUUUUUCUUUACAUAGUUGAAUGUGCUGACAACAAAAUCACACAAAUAUGAUCAAUGGAAAUCAAAUGUAUCAACCCAUGGAGGUCUGGAUUUGGAGUCACCCUCAAAAUUAAAGUGGAAAACCACACUACAGGCUGAUCCAACUUUGAUGUAAUGUCCUUAAAACAAGUCAAAAUGAGGCUCAGUAGUGUGUGUGGCCUCCACGUGCCUGUAUGACCUCCCUACAACGCCUGGGCAUGCUCCUGAUGAGGUGGCGGAUGGUCUCCUGACGGAUCUCCUCCCAGACCUGGACUAAAGCAUCCGCCAACUCCUGGACAGUCUGUGGUGCAACGUGGCGUUGGUGGAUGGAGCGAGACAUGAUGUCCCAGAUGUGCUCAAUUGGAUUCAGGUCUGGGGAACGGGCGGGCCAGUCCAUAGCAUCAAUGCCUUCCUCUUGCAGGAACUGCUGACACACUCCAGCCACAUGAGGUCUAGCAUUGUCUUGCAUUAGGAGGAACCCAGGGCCAACCGCACCAGCAUAUGGUCUCACAAGGGGUCUGAGGAUCUCAUCUCGGUACCUAAUGGCAGUCAGGCUACCUCUGGCGAGCACAUGGAGGGCUGUGUGGCCCCACAAAGAAAUGCCACCCCACACCAUGACUGACCCACCGCCAAACCGGUCAUGCUGGAGGAUGUUGCAGCCAGCAGAACGUUCUCCACAGCGUCUCCAGACUCUGUCACGUCUGUCACAUGUGCUCAGUGUGAACCUGCUUUCAUCUGUGAAGAGCACAUGGCGCCAGUGGCGAAUUUGCCAAUCUUGGUGUUCUCUGGCAAAUGCCAAACGUCCUGCACGGUGUUGGGCUGUAUGCACAACCCCCACCUGUGGACGUCGGGCCCUCAUACCACCCUCAUGGAGUCUGUUUCUGACCGUUUGGGCAGACACAUGCACAUUUGUUGCCUGCUGGAGGUCAUUUUGCAGGGCUCUGGCAGUGCUCCUCCUGCUCCUCCUUGCACAAAGGUGGAGGUAGUGGUCCUGCUGGGUUGUUGCCCUCCUAUGGCCUCCUCCACGUCUCCUGAUGUACUGGCCUGUCUCCUGGUAGCACCUCCAUGCUCUGGACACUACGCUGACAGACACAGCAAACCUUCUUGCCACAGCUCGCAUUGAUGUGCCAUCCUGGAUGAGCUGCACUACCUGAGCCACUUGUGUGGGUUGUAGACUCCGUCUCAUGCUACCACUUGAGUGAAAGCACCGCCAGCAUUCAAAAGUGACCAAAACAUCAGCCAGGAAGCAUAGGAACUGAGAAGUGGUCUGUGGUCACCACCUGCAGAACCACUUCUUUAUUGGGUGUCUUGCUAAUUGCCUAUAAUUUCCACCUGUUGUCUAUUCCAUUUGCACAACAGCAUGUGAAAUGUAUUGUCAAUCAGUGUUGCUUCCUAAGUGGACAGUUUGAUUUCACAGAAGUGUGAUUGACUUGGAGUUACAUUGUGUUGUUUAAGUGUUCCCUUUAUUUUUUUGAGCAGUGUAUAUAACAUUUCCUGAGCUUUCUUAUACAGUGCAUUCGGAAAGUAUUCAGACCGCUUCACUUUUUCCCACAUUUUGUUACAUUACAGCCUUAUUCUAAAAUGUAUUAAAUUUGCAAAAAUGUCUAAAAACCUUUUUUCGUUUUGUCAUUUUGGGUUAUUGUUUGAAGAUUGAUGAGGAAAAUGUUUUAUUUAAUUUAUUUGUAUUUAAUAAGGCUGUAACGUAACAAAAUGUGGAAAAAGUCAAGGGGUCUGAAUAGUUUCCGAAUGCACUGUAACUUCUAGUAAUAGGACAGACACUUCAAAACCUUAUUCCUUAUGAUUUUUUUUGGUGCUUUAUUUUUUGCCAUUUUAUGAAUGUGUUAUUCAAUGCGUUUUUAAGGGCUAUAGUAGUAAAUGCCAAAUUCAAUAUUUUGUCAAAUACAUUUCAUACAAAACGUUUGGGACACAUGAAGGGGCCCUAAAAUUCCAAAUCAAAUAGCUAAAUGAUCCAUGGUAUGACCAUCUUAAAACAAUUCCAUAUGUCAGCUUAGAAGACAGAUAUUGAAGAGGAGUGGGACAACAUUCCACAGGCCACAAUCAACAGCCUCAUCAACUCUAUGCGAAGGAGAUGUGUUGCGCUGCAUGAGGCAAAUGGUGGUCACACCAGAUACUGACUGGUUUUCUGAUCCACGCCACUAUCUUUUAAAAAAAGGAAGGUAUUCCCAGUCAUGUGAAAUCCAUAGAUUAGGGCCUGAUGAAUGUAUUUAAAUUGACUGAUUUCCAUUAAUGAACUGUAACAGUAAAAUCUUUGAAAUUGUUGUAUGCUGCGUUUAUAAUUUUGUUCAGUGUACUUUCCAGUAGGAGUUGCUGGCCAGCCUAUUGUCUUUUCUGAUGGUGGAUAUAACGUUGAAGAUCUGACAUUGUUUCAAAGGUACAAAUGUAACAUGUAUUCAACAUAUUUAUACAAGGUUUGUCUAUGUUGAAAAUUGGUUAACAUGAUGACAUAAUCCUGUGGUUGAAAGUUCACCCUCAAACAUCAGUGAUGACUUUUUGCAAAUCCAAUGUAUUUUACACGUAGAUUCCACGUCACAAUACGUUGACAAAUUACGUUGAAGCAACAACGUUGAUUCAACCAGUUUUGUGCUAAGCGGGACUGCAGUCCAGAAUCAUGUUGUUAUGGUGUAAGUCAGAAAUAGGGUAAAGACCCAGCAACAAUGGCCCCAUGUGGGUAUUCAGGGGGCAAGGUGGGCACAGGCUAGCCCACACUAAGCCCACGCCAGCCCAACACAGGCUAUCCCAGACCAAGCCCAGCUAGAGGCAGGGGCUCAUUUGAAUAUUUGGGGGCAUGUGAAGUUUUCAUAUGUCACAUGCAAUUAUUUAAAAAGACCCAGUACAGUCAAAAUGUGAUUUUUCCUAUGUUUUAUAUAUAUUUCCACACUAAGAGUUUGGAAAAAUACUGUGAACUUGCAGAAAAACAGCCCCAAAGCAUGAUGUUUCCACCCCCAUGCUUCAUAGUAGGUAUGGUGUUCUUUGGAUGCAACUCAGCAUUCUUUGUCCUUCAAACACGACGAGUUGAGUUUUACCAAAAAGUUAUAUUUUGGUUUCAUCUGACAUAUGACAUCUCCCAAUCCUCUUUGGAUCAUCCAAAUGAAAUCGAGCAACUUCAGAAGGGCCCUGGACAAUGUUCUGUCUUAAGCAGGGGGACACGUUCUAGCACUGCAGGAUUUGAGUCCCUGCGGGCGUAGUGUGUACUGAUGGUAGGCUUUGUUACUUUGGUCCCAGCUCUCUGCAGGUCAUUCACUAGGUCCCCCCGUGUGGUUCUGGGAUUUUUGCUCACCGUUCUUGUGAUCAUUUUGACCCCACAGGGUGAGAUCUUGCGUGGAGCCCCAGAUCAAGGGAGAUUAUCAGUGGUCUUGUAUGUCUUCCAUUUCCUACUAAUUGCUCCCACAGUUGAUUUCUUCAAACCAAGAUGCUUACCUAUUGCAGAUUCAGUCUUCCCAGCCUGGUGCAGGUCUACUAUUUUGUUUCUGGUGUCCUUUGACAGCUCUUUGGUCUUGGCCAUAGUGGAGUUUGGAGUGUGACUGUUUGAGGUUGUGGACAGGUGUCUUUUAUACUGAUAACAAGUUCAAACAGGUGCCAUUAAUACAGGUAACCAGUGGAGGACAGAGGAGCCUCUUAAAGAAGAAGUUACAGGUCUGUGAGAGCUAGAAAUCUUGCUUGUUUGUAGGUGACCAAAUACUUAUUUUCCACCAUAAUUUGCUAAUAAAUUCAUAAAAAAUCCUACAAUGUGAUUUUCUGGAUUUUUUUCCCUCAAUUUGUCUGUCAUAGUUGACGUGCACCUAUGAUGAAAAUUACAGGCCUCUCUCAUCUUUUUAAGUGGGAGAACUUGCACAAUUGGUGGCUGACUAAAUACUUUUUUUCCCCACUGUAUAUAUACACUGCUCAAAAAAAUUAAGGGAACACUUAAACAACACAUCCUAGAUCUGAAUGAAUGAAAUAAUCUUAUUAAAUACUUUUUUCUUUACAUAGUUGAAUGUGCUGACAACAAAAUCACACAAAAAUGAUCAAUGGAAAUCAAAUGUAUCAACCCAUGGAGGUCUGGAUUUGGAGUCACCCUCAAAAUUAAAGUGGAAAACCACACUACAGGCUGAUCCAACUUUGAUGUAAUGUCCUUAAAACAAGUCAAAAUGAGGCUCAGUAGUGUGUGUGGCCUCCACGUGCCUGUAUGACCUCUCUACAACGCCUGGGCAUGCUCCUGAUGAGGUGGCGGAUGGUCUCCUGAGGGAUCUCCUCCCAGACCUGGACUAAAGCAUCCGCCAACUCCUGGACAGUCUGUGGUGCAACGUCCCAGAUGUGCUCAAUUGGAUUCAGGUCUGGGGAACGGGCGGGCCAGUCCAUAGCAUCAAUGCCUUCCUCUUGCAGGAACUGCUGACACACUCCAGCCACAUGAGGUCUAGCAUUGUCUUGUAUUAGGAGGAACCCAGGGCCAACCGCACCAGCAUAUGGUCUCACAAGGGGUCUGAGGAUCUCAUCUCGGUACCUAAUGGCAGUCAGGCUACCUCUGGUGAGCACAUGGAGGGCUGUGCGGCCCCACAAAGAAAUGCCACCCCACACCAUGACUGACCCACCGCCAAACCGGUCAUGCUGGAGGAUGUUGCAGGCAGCAGAAUGUUCUCCACGGCGUCUCCAGACUCUGUCACGUCUGUCACAUGUGCUCAGUGUGAACCUGCUUUCAUCUGUGAAGAGCACAGGGCGCCAGUGGCGAAUUUGCCAAUCUUGGUGUUCUCUGGCAAAUGCCAAACGUCCUGCACGGUGUUGGGCUGUAUGCACAACCCCCACCUGUGGACGUCGGGCCCUCAUACCACCCUCAUGGAGUCUGUUUCUGACCGUUUGAGCAGACACAUGCACAUUUGUGGCCUGCUGGAGGUCAUUUUGCAGGGCUCUGGCAGUGCUCCUCCUGCUCCUCCUUGCACAAAGGUGGAGGUAGUGGUCCUGCUGCUGGGUUGUUGCCCUCCUACGGCCUCCUCCACGUCUCCUGAUGUACUGGCCUGUCUCCUGGUAACGCCUCCAUGCUCUGGACACUACGCUGACAGACACAGCAAACCUUCUUGCCACAGCUCGCAUUGAUGUGCCAUCCUACCAGGUAGCUGCACUACCUGAGCCACUUGUGUGGGUUGUAGACUCCGUCUCAUGCUACCACUUGAGUGAAAGCACCGCCAGCAUUCAAAAGUGACCAAAACAUCAGCCAGGAAGCAUAGGAACUGAGAAGUGGUCUGUGGUCACCACCUGCAGAACCACUUCUUUUAUUGGGGGUGUCUUGCUAAUUGCCUAUAAUUUCCACCUGUUGUCUAUUCCAUUUGCACAACAGCAUGUGAAAUUUAUUGUCAAUCAGUGUUGCUUCCUAAGUGGACAGUUUGAUUUCACAGAAGUGUGAUUGACUUGGAGUUACAUUGUGUUGUUUAAGUGUUCCCUUUAUUUUUUUGAGCAGUGUAUAUAACAUUUCAUGAGCUUUCUUAUACAGUGCAUUCGGAAAGUAUUCAGACUGCUUCACUUUUUUCCACAUUUUGUUACAUUACAGCCUUAUUCUAAAAGGUAUUAAAUUUGCAAAAAUGUCUAAAAACCUGUUUUCGUUUUGUCAUUUUGGGGUAUUGUUUGAAGAUUGAUGAGGAAAAUGUUUUAUUUAAUUUAUUUUUAUUUAAUAAGGCUGUAACAUAACACAAUGUGGAAAAAGUCAAGGGGUCUGAAUAGUUUCCGAAUGCACUGUAUCUUCUAGAAAUAGGACAGACACUUCGAAACCUUAUUCCUUAUGAAUUUUUUUUGUGCUUUAUUUUUUACCAUUUUAUGAAUGUGUUAUUCAAUGCGUUUUUAAGGGCUAUAGUAGUAAAUGCCAAAUUCAAUAUUUUGUCAAAUACAUUUCAUACAAUACGUUUGGGACACAUGAAGGGGCCCUAAAAUUCCAAAUCAAAUAGCUAAAUGAUCCAUGGUAUGACCAUCUUAAAACAAUUCCAUAUGUCAGCUUAGAAGACAGAUAUUGAAGAGGAGUGGGACAACAUUCCACAGGCCACAAUCAACAGCCUCGUCAACUCUAUGCGAAGGAGAUGUGUUACGCUGCAUGAGGCAAAUGGUGGUCACACCAGAUACUGACAUGUUUUCUGAUCCACGCCACUAUCUUUAAAAAAUGAAGGUAUUCCCAGUCAUGUGAAAUCCAUAGAUUAGGGCCUGAUGAAUGUAUUUAAAUUGACUGAUUUCCAUAUAUGAACUGUAACAGUAAAAUCUUUGAAAUUGUUGUAUGCUGCGUUUAUAAUUUUGUUCAGUGUACUUUCCAGUGGGAGUUGCUGGCCAGCCUAUUGUCUUUUCUGAUGGUGGAUAUAACGUUGAAGAUCUGACAUUGUUUCAAAGGUACAAAUGUAACAUGUAUUCAACAUAUUUAUACAAGGUUUGUCUAUGUUGAAAAUUGGUUAACAUGAUGACAUAAUCCUGUGGUUGAAAUUUCACCCUCAAACAUCAGUGAUGACUUUUUGCAAAUCCAAUGUAUUUUACACGUAGAUUCCACGUCACAAUACGUUGACAAAUUACGCUGAAGCAACAACGUUGAUUCAACCAGUUUGUGCUAAGCGGGACUGCAGUCAGAAUCAUGUUGUUAUGGUGUAAGUCAGAAAUAGGGUAAAGACCCAGCAAACAUGGCCCCAUGUGGGUAUUCAGGGGGCAAGGUGGGCACAGGCUAGCCCACACUAAGCCCACGCCAGCCCAACACAGGCUAUCCCAGACCAAGCCCAGCUAGAGGCAGGGGCUCAUUAGAAUAUUUGGGGGCAUGUGAAGUUUUCAUAUGUCACAUGCAAUUAUUUAAAGACCCAGUACAGUCAAAAAUGUGAUUUUUCCUAUGUUUUAUAUAUAUUUCCACACUAAGAGUUUGGAAAAAUACUGUGAAAUUGUGAAAAUUAUGAUAAUGCCCUUUUAUUGUAACAGCUGUUUGAAAAGACCACCUGAAAUUUCUGCUUGUUUUGGUGGGGGGAAGUUUUGGCCUUCCAUGUACACCUUUCAAACCAAUAUGUUUUUCCGCCGACUUUAGCAUUCCGCCAACUUUUUGCAGGCUUUUCUUUAUAUAUGAAAGGUAUUGCCCGGCGACAAAGCCUCUACAUUUCCACCAACCGACCUAGUCAUGAUUGUGGUAAAGUUCUGCCUACGGCUUAGUAUGAAAUGCUGAGGCGGAAUGGCACGCUCUACGCUUAAGUUCUUGAUGGUUGCUAGGCAGUGCCCAUUACUACUAUCCUCUUGCCAGUUAUAAACUUUGCUAGACAUGUCACUUCACCCAUCUCUUCGCAUAGCCCACCACAUACACUGUUUUCUUAACCACAACUGGAUGAAUCAUAAAUAAUUAUUGUGGGAAUAAAUAUCACUGAAUGAUGGAAAUAUUGGAAUAAAGUAGGCUAAUGUAAUUGAAGGCAACAAAUUGUUGCUUACUGAAACUCCCAAAGUCAUCCAGUUGUUAUAAUAGGAUUUGAAGCAAUAGCCUACCUGCAUGUGGUCAACUAUUUCAGCACUGUUUCUCGCUCCUUUGAGACAAGCGUGGGGACUCGUCUUGAUAAAUCAAUCAAUGUCCGAUUUUUCUUUUCACUGAAUCUCCGUUUGGAUAUUUGUUAGGCUACAAUUAGGCUGUGGAAAUGUUAGCUAAGUUGAGGUGAGUGCUGCUCAUGAUCAUCUUGUCAAGUUGGCUAAUUUAUUAGCACUGAUCAGAACAUUUUGCAAGCAUGUUCAGUGCCUUCAGAAAGUUUUCAUACCCCUUGACUUAUUUCACAUUUUGUUGUGUUAUAGCCUGAAUUCAAAAUAUUUUUUCUCACCCAUCUACACACAAUACACCAUAAUGACAAAGUGAAAACAUUUUUUUAGACAUUUUUGCAAAUGUAUUGGAAAUGAAAUACAUAAAUAUCUAAUUUACAUAAGUAUUCACACCCCUGAGUCAAUACAUGUUAGAAUCACCUUUGGCAGCGAUUACAGCUGUGAGUCUUUCUGGUUAAGUCUAUAAGAACUUUGCACACCUGGAUUGUGCAACAUUUGUUCCAUUAUUAUUUAAACAAUUCUUCAAGCUCUGUCAAGUUGGUUGUUGAUCAUUGCUAGACCGCCAUUUUCAAGUCUUGCCGUAGAUUUUCAAGCCGGUUUAAGUCAAAACUGUAACAAGGCUAUUUAGGAACAUUCCAUGUCGUCUUGGUAAGCAACACCAGUGUAUAUUCUGCCUUGUGUUUUAGGUUAUUGUCUUGCAGAAAGUUGAAUCUGUCUCCCAGUGUCUGUUGGAAAGUCUUCCUCUAGGAUUUUGCCUGUGUUUAUCUCUCUUCCGUUUUUCUAUCCUAAAAAAAGUCCCUAGUCCUUGCCGAUGACAAGCAUACCCAUAACAUAAUGCGGCCACCAUCAUGAUUGAUGUGUUGUAUUGGAUUUGCCCCAAACAUAACACUUUGUAUUAAGGACAUACAUUUAAUUUCUUUGCCAAAUUUUUCAGUUUUACUUUAGUACCUUAUUGCAAACAGGAUGCAUGUUGUGGAAUAUUUGUAUUCUGUACAGGUUUCCUUCUUUUCACUGUGUCAUUUAGGUUAGUAUUGUGGAGUAACUACAAUGUUGAUCCAUCUUCAGUUCUCCUAUCACAGCCAUUAAACUCUUAACUGUUUUAAAGUCACCAUUGGCCUCAUGGUGAAAUCCCGGGGGGUUUCCUUCCUCUCCGGCAGCUGAGUUAGUAAGGACGCCUGUAUGUUUGUAGUGACUGGGAGUGUUGAUACACCAUCCAAAGUGUUAUUAAUAACUUCAUCAGUCUCAAAAGUAUAUUCAAUGUCUGCCAAUAGGUGCCCUUCUUUACGAGGCAUUAGAAAACCUCCCUGGUCUUUGUGGUUGAAUCUGUGUUUGAAAUUCACUGCUCGACUGAGGGACCUUACAGAUAAUUGUAUGUGUGGGGUACAGAGAUAAGGUAGUCAUUAAAAAAAUCAUGUUCAACACUAUUAUUGCACAGUGAGUCCAUGCAACUUAUGUGAAUUGUUAAUCAAAUUUUUACUCCUGAACUUAUUUAGGCUUGCCAUAACAAAGGGGUGGAAUACUUAUUGACAUUUCAGCUUUGAUUUUUUAUUAAUUUGUAAAAAUUUCAAAAACAUUAUUCCACUUUGACGUUAUGGGGUAUUGUGUGUAGGCCAGUGACACAAAAUCUCAAUUUAAUCAAUUUUAAUUUCAGGCUGUAACGCAACAAAAUGUGGAAAAAGUCAAGGGGUGUGAAUACUUUCUGAAGGCACUGGAGCUUAACAAGUGAAUUAUUUUUGCUCUUCACUUGCAGUCACUUAGUAGCCUAGUCCUACUCCCGACCAAAAGCCUGCAACUUAACUUAACUCAAUCAAUGUGAUUUUGUUUAACUGAAUCUCUGUCUAUUUGGUUAAUUAUCUGGCUGGACAAAUAGCCUAAGUGGAGGUGGUAUAGCUCAUCUAUUCAUUUGCUAAUCUAUCACUGAUCAGAAACAUUUAGCAUGCAAUAAUGUAGCCUAAAUCAAGUGUAGGCCUAUGAUUUUGCUCGAUCGCUUAAAGGCAACUUCAAAAAGCCUGCGGAGGUUGUGAAAUAUGAACAUGAGACUCGCAUGCUUUUGAAAAUAUAGAUUACUAUAAAUUUUUAUUGGUAUCAGCAUGAAGAUACUCUCAAUGUAAGACCCUACCCCUGCUCCUUAACAAACCAGAGUGAGGGUAGGAAAGAGAUGAAACGUGGAUCAAAAGCAUGGGCUUGGGCUCUGUUUCAAAAUAUUAAUUUUUAUUUAUAUGACAGCGGUUCCACACGUUGACGUGACGCAAGUUGUGUGGGAAAAAUAUUAUUUGUAUUUUACUCUGUUCUAUUUCAUUAUAUUCUUGGCCUACAAUAAAAUAUGUGUGUUGACUGUGAUCUGGGUAGCCUAAGUGUGCCUUGUCUGUUUAACCUCUAAAAUCUAAGCCUUGGGGAGUUCUACUAAGCUAAUAUAUAGAAUUGUUUUAAGAUGGUCAUACCAUUGAUCACUUAGCUAUUUGAUUUGGAAUUUUAGGACCCCUGUAAUUAUCCCCCCCCCAAAAAUGUAAACAUAAUUUGAUAAAAUAUUGUAUUUGGCCUUGAAUAACACACAUUCAUAAAUGGCAAAACAGACACACAAAAAAUAAAUCAUAAGGAAUAAGGUUUUGAAGUGUCUGUCCUAUAUCUAGGAGAUAUAAGAAAUCUCAGGAAAUAUUUUAUUUUUUGGUACACAUAUUUAACCCCUUUUUUUGGGGUAGGCUAAGACUACCUCCAUACUUCCAUUUGUUUUUAUAAACCGGUACCGGGUUACCUGCAGACGAGUCCCGUGACACCUGUGGGGGUCGUAUAGAAAAAUAGAGUCUCGUCUUUCCAUAGUGGGUCAUAUUAGUUUGUAGGCCCAAACGGUUUGGACGCUACAGACAGAAGGUGGCACAUUGGCGGUACCGAGUCCUGUGGGGCUUGUAGAGGAAAAUGGUCAUAUUAGUUAGUAGGCCAAACCCUUCGGACGCUACAGACGUUUUCGUGAGAAGACCGAUUUUCCAGAUGUCUCCUGGUCUGACAAACAGCGCUGUAGCUCUGCCACUUUCCACCGCAGAUGCAGUGGAAUGAGAUGCAGCCCAUGCAAAAAAAUAUCUCUAGCUUAAAUUGAUGGAUUUUAAUGAGGAUUAUUUUGUUAGGUAAAUUAGAUAUGAUCAAAUGUAUCUGCCUUUUUUUUGUUGUUUUUAUUCAUAUAGUCCUAUUUUUAAUAGGACUGUAUGAAUAAAAAAAACAAAAAAACAUUGCCCGAUUUUUAUGUUUUACAGGCAACAUACCGUAAAGUCUGUCUGUAAAGGGUAAUGGUCCCUUGCGGUAAAUUAGUUAAUAGACCAAUAAGAAAGAGUUCCAAACCCCUCUGCCAAUAACAGCUUGCUUGCUUGAGAAAUUGCUCUUUGCUUGUUUCUUUUUAGCCAUUUUAAUUUAAGUUACUUAAUUGUUACCCAGAAAUGAUUUGAUAUUGAGAUAAAAACGGCUGCACUGGACCUUUUAACCUUGGUGCUUAAAAUAGCCAAUAAUAUUUCCACCAACCAUUUCAUUUGUUUGGGUUCUUUUUGAAGGCCUCAGGGUCAACUUGCAUUCUGGGAAAUGUAGUAAGUUCCCCAUAUUCAACAAAAUGUUAGUGAUUAAUGAAAUAUAACCGCAUACAGGUUGUUUUCCUUGAUCAUUCAUUUUAAGAGUUUGUCCUGAAAAUCUAUUGUUUCAACAAUAUUUGAUAUACAUGUAUAUGUUUUAUGUACAAGAUGUACAGUACAUCAGUAUAAACUACACCUAAUAUAGAAUAGAAGAGGCAUUUUAAUUGUAGCUCAGUUGAUAGAGCAUGGAGCUUGCAAUGCCAGGGUUGUGGGUUCGUUUCCCACGGGGGGCCAAUAUGAAAAAAAGUAUGAAAAUGUAUGCACUCACUAACUGUAAGUCGCUCUGGAUAAGAGCGUCUGCUAAAUGACUAAAAUGUCAAAUGUAAAUGUAAAACCCUGCCUCCAGCUGUUUGCUUAGAAAUUCUAGGAACAAUAAGGAGGCCUGCGUCUUGUGACCGUAGCAUACAUGUAGGUAUGUUUGGCAGAACUAAAUCGGCGAAAAUAUGUAGGAGCAAGUCCAUGUAAUGCUUUGCAGGUUAGCAGUAAAACCUUACUACCCGGAUAAGGCCCUAGCCUUAACAGGAAGCCAGGAUCCUAGCACUGGGGUAAUAUGAUCACAUUUUUUGGUUCUAGUCAAGAUUCUAGCAGCCCUAUUUAACACUAGCUGAAGUUUAUUUAGUGCCUUAUCCGAAUAGCCGGAGAGUAGAGUAGAGUGCGUGCAGUAGUCUAAUCUUGAAGUGACAAAAGCAUCGAUUAGCUUUUUUGCAUCAAAUUUGGACAAAAGGUUUCUGAUUUUUGCAAUGUUACUACUUCAAUUCAAAUUCAAGAAUUGAGGCCCAAACCCUGGUAGGAUUACAGGAAAUUAACUAUAAAUCGUCUAAUUUUGCUGUACGCUGCGAAGAGGGGGGCGACUAAAAUGUUUUGCCAUAAGGUGGGGGGGCCCUCCAACCAAAUUACGCUUAGGGCCCCCGAAAGGCUAGAGCCGUCCCUGCCUGCAAUGUAGUCAGGCAGGAACUCGACCACUGAUGCCUACGGUCCUUUUCAGCAGUUGAAGGUGGCUUCCUCUACUGGGCUGCAUCUGAAAUGGCACCCUAUUCCCUAGUAAUAGUGCAUUAUACAGAGAAAAGGGUGCCAAUUCGGAAGCAGAUAUAGGGUCUCAUUUCCCUCAUGCUACUUUCAGCUAUCCAGUUUGUUUAGAUCAGCGCAGACGAAGGAAAAGAGAUGGAGGAGAGGAAGGUACUUUAGACAAUUUAGGUGCGCCCCAUGCUUAAUGUCUUCCCUAUUUAUCAUUUCCCUCCCUCCUGUGUGUACCUAAAUGUGUGUAUGUGUGUGUGUGUGUGUGUGUGUGUGUAUAUAGCAUAAAUACUAUAUUAGGCUAAUUCUAAUCUGGACCUCAAAGCCUGAUCUACAUUAUUUCCCUCUAAUCAAAGACUGAUUUAGACCUUGGACACCAGGUGGCUGCUAUUAAUUGUCAGGUAUAACAGAAAACCAGCAGUACUCCAGACCUCCAAGCUCAGAUUUUAUAACAAAAAAGGCAAUAUAACAGUACGUUUUAUAUAUAUACUAUUUGCUGUAUCCCACAGGUCUGCUGAUGUUCGCCAUCUCCCACAUCCUCUACUCCUCGGCCUUCGGUAUGAAGCCCCUGAACCCGCUUGCCGGCCUGGUGAUCGGCGCCAUAUCGGCCGUGAGCUACGCCCUGCUCUACCCCUACCUCUCAGGCCCCUUCACCUACCUGGUGGGGGUCUACAUCGCCCUGAUCGGCUUCAUGGGCUGGCGGGCCGUGGCCGGCCUGCAGUUGGCCAAUGAUCUGUGGACCUGGACCAAGAUGUCGGCAUGCCUGGGCGCUGUGCUCUUCAUGGUCUCCGACCUCACUAUUGCCGUUAACAAGUUCUGCUUCCCUGUGCCGCACUCACGCGCCAUCAUCAUGGCCACCUACUACGCCGCACAGAUGCUGAUCGCGCUCUCCGCCGUCGAGUGCCAGGAUGUGAAGACGGCGAGGAAGAGGGCAUGA